AUGCAGUCAGGUCGUCCACAAAAUAUUCCUAUGGAAAAUCUCUCGAAACCUAUUUUUGCCCAGGAUGAAAUGGGUAGGCCCUUCAUUAUAGUGAAGGACCAGGGGAAGAAGCUGCGUGCACACGGUGUAGACGCCAUCAGAUCUCAUAUUUUGGCAGCAAGACAAGUUUCUGGCAUUCUUAAAACAUCCCUUGGACCUCGUGGUUUAGACAAAAUUCUCAUCAGUCCUGAUGGAGAUAUAAACAUUACUAACGAUGGCGCUACCAUAUUGUCUGAAAUCCAGCUCGACAAUGAAGUGGCCAAGUUGUUGGUGGAGUUAUCGAAAUCUCAGGAUGACGAAAUUGGUGAUGGAACGACAGGUGUUGUCGUUUUAGCUGGUGCUAUGCUCGAUCAAGCUCUGGAGCUAAUAGAAAAGGGAAUUCAUCCCAUUAAAGUGGCCAAUGGUUUUGAUAAGGCCUGCAAGAUCGCCACUGCCAACUUGGAUAGUAUUGCCGACAGUAUUCACAUUGAUUCUUCCAAUAUUGAUGCAAAUUUGAGUCACGAUUCUGACCUAUUCCGUGCUGCCUCAACGUCUUUGGGUUCUAAAGUGGUUUCUAAAUGUCACGACCAAUUCGCUAGAAUUGCCGUGGAAACUGUACUUAACGUUGCGGAUUUGGAAAGAAAGGAUGUUGAUUUUGAAUUGAUCAAAGUGGAAGGAAAAUUGGGCGGUUCUCUUGAAGAUUCGAAAGUUAUUAAAGGUGUUGUUUUAGAUAAGGACUUUUCUCAUCCUCAGAUGCCUAAGGAGAUAAACGAUGCCAAAAUAGCCAUUCUUACAUGCCCAUUCGAGCCUCCUAAACCUAAGACCAAGCAUAAAUUGGAGGUGGAAACUGUGGAAGAAUUCAAGCAAUUGCAGGAGUACGAGCAGGGUAAAUUUAGACAGAUGAUCAAACAGGUUAAAGAUACAGGUGCAAAUAUGGUUAUUUGUCAAUGGGGCUUUGACGAUGAGGCCAACUAUCUUUUGUUAUCGAACAAUUUACCUGCCGUCAGAUGGGUUGGAGGCUCUGAAAUUGAAACUAUAGCUAUUGCUACCAAGGGUAGAAUUGUGCCGAGAUUUGAAGAUCUUACCCCGGAGAAGUUGGGACAUGCUGGAAAAGUUAGGGAGAUUGCACUGGGUACUACAAGAAGCCGUCUUCUUGUUAUCGAGGACUGUGAAAAUCCAAAGACUGUCACUGCCUUGAUUAGAGGCUCAAACAAAAUGAUAGUAGAUGAGGCUACUAGAUCACUACACGAUUCGCUUUGCGUUGUGAGAAAUUUGAUUAAGGACAACAGAGUUGUCUAUGGCGGAGGAUCUGCAGAGAUUUCGUGCUCUUUGAAAGUUGCUGAAGCUGCAGAUAAACAGAAAGGUAUUGAUCAGUAUGCAUUUAGAGCUUUUUCCCAGGCUUUGGAUGUUAUUCCAAUGGCUCUUGCCGAGAAUUCGGGUUUAAAUCCAAUUGAAAAUUUGACCAACUUGAAAGCUCAGCAUGUCAAGGACAACAAUGCUUUCUUAGGAGUGGAUUGUCUUGGAAAAGGCUCCAAUGAUAUGAAACAACAAUUUGUCAUUGAGACUCUUAUUGGAAAAAAGCAGCAGUUCUUGCUUGCCUCCCAGUUGGCCAGAAUGGUGCUCAAGAUCAACGAUGUCAUUGUGACUGGAAAGGAUCAGUACUAA